AUGAGAGAAGUCAAUUUCAGUAUUCCUAAUGUCAACAAGGCAUCGGUGGGCAUCACCACGGCCCUGUACGACCGUAGGGCCCUCGAUUGCACAUCCACGCUUCCUCUCAUCAAUUCCCUCAACCACCUCGCAUACCUCACGACCUCCUCCGCUCGUAUAAGGGACAUUCUCACAGUCGAUGGAGGUGUCGAGAGACUAGUAUGUCUGCUCAAGGCUGGCAGGAGUAAGGACAUGAUGGAUAUGUGGAAAUGGAAUUUGGCAUUUCAAUGUGUGGUUAAUAUCGGCGUCCGAGGAUCGGAGAACGUUCGCACAAGAGUGGUGGAAGCAGAUAUGGUUCCGGUGAUUGCUACAAUACUCGACAAUUACAUCAAGGUUGUUGAUAGAUGCCGUGAAAAGGCAGAGGAGGCAAAGAGCAAGGCGUUGGCAGAAUCUCGACACCAUGGUUCUCGGUCGUCGGAUCACAGAAGCCCUCACAAAGGGGCUUCUUUCAGAAAUCGUGCCUCCCAGUUGGAAUCAGACUUCCGUACAUCGAGGAGACAAGCUCCUCCACAGCCGAUUGAGAUUCCCCAGGUUUUCAACGCUGGGCCUAUGACAGCUGGCACCGAUACUAUGGAUACGACCCCUACCGGGCCAGCUUUUGCCAUCACCUCACCUCCUGAAAGAACUACGUUUUCCGCUCCUCAUCGCCACCACCAUCAUCACCAUCACCACCACAGAGGGCAAGAAGCCCGACAACAUUUCUUACCCCCAUCUCGACAUAACAUACAACCACUGGCUUCAGCGGUUCCUUCAAUGGAUGCAGCAGAUGGCUUCAAUCUCAGACCUGUUCGAGAUGUGGAUCGUCUGCCAUCUAUGCUUCCUGGAUUUCACUCUGGUCUUACGUCUCAGCCUGAAUCCCCGACCACCCCUCUUCCUCCUAAUCAAUUAAGAUCUCCCACCGUUCGUCCUACAUCAAUGUCACAAACAGCAAUGCGAUCACGAAGGAGACCAUCGAUUCGCCAUCAAGCAUCAAUGGUUGGGGAACAAGAAGAUCCCAAUGCCGAUAGCAUGGCAUCUGAUGAGUCUGGAGAUCCAGAAAUGUCAGGAGUCAGCACAACCGAGAUUCAAUCUCCUAUUAAUAUUCAGGAUAUCAGCAUGGAAGAAGGCGACAGCAUGUUGACAGCUGUUGACACCACUCUCGGGCUGACUACACCCACAGUAUCGGAAGCCCAAGAUGCUGGGACUUUUAAUAUCACACACCGCUCUGCCUUGGAUGGCAGCAUGAUUAAUGACGCGACUACCCCCACUGGCCCAACCAUCGGUCUUUCUCCAGCUCAAACAACCGCAGCAAACACUCCUCCAACCAUGCCUCCGAAUGCCACGAUUCCUAGAUACCUACUCGAUCGUCCGACACCUACGAAUGGGCAAGUCUUGGCCGCAAUGCCGAGAGACGAGGACGUUUUGAUGUCCCUUCAACUCCUUGCUUAUGUGUCAAAGUACUGCAAUUUGCGCUCAUACUUCCAGCGCUCUCACCUUGUUCCAAAACUCAAGAUUGGUUCUGAACUUCAUCUUCUUGAUGUCGAUGAGGCUGGGCCAUUUUCCGCGUCCUCGGCAUCCUCUUCAACAACUGCCUGCCACUCCGCCUGCGAUUCCGAGGAGGAAGAAUACCUUCUUCCUGACGAUUUCAACAUCUUUCCGUUGGUGGAAAAAUUUACCGUCAGACACCACAGCCAGGAUAUGCAAUACUGGGCUGGUGUGGUUAUGCGAAAUCUCUGCCGCAAGGAUGAUAACAGAGGCGGUAUUCGACAAUGUGCAUAUUACGAAUGUGGCAAAUGGGAGGAAUACACAAGACAGUUUGCAAAAUGUCGACGAUGCCGAAGGACGAAAUACUGUAGUAAAGGGUGUCAAAAGGAAGCUUGGGUCUUUCACCGACACUGGUGUGUAGCUGCUACCCAGUAG